CCAUCUCCCUCGACAUAAUGUUCAUUAGUGGAUAAAUGACUUUAAGAACGCAACUACUUAUUUUUCUUCAAUUUUCGUCUACUGUUACAUCUCGUUAAGUGUCACCUGACUUUACCAGUUCUGAUAGCCCAUUUCCUGUAAUAUGGAUAGUCACAACGGUUGCCGCAAGCAGAUGAAACUCGAGGAUGUGUUCACGGAGAUACAAGUUGAUCAUAUCAUCAGAAAAACCUUGGACAGUGGAGUCACGUGGCGCGUGACCAGCUCUGAAGUAAAGCCAGCGGCCGACGGGAUGACCGGCUUCAUAGGAGACCAUCUCAAAGUUACUCUGAACGUGGCCGCAGGAGACGUCAACAAAACUAUUCGUUUGUUUGUGAAACGAAUUCCUAUCGACAAUCCAGAAAAGAUUAACUACAUAGAGGAAUACAACUUCUACAAAAAGGAAGCCAUGGUAUGCCAGCUAAUCCAAGAACUACAAACUGAUGAUAGUGAGCCGUGGUGUGUGAAGACCCUAAUUGCAACUGACGCAAUGGUUGUUAUGCCAGAUAUGCAGCCACUGGGCUAUGCCAACUGCAGCCAGAAAACCUUAGACCUACAACACCUGCUGCUCACUGCCGCCUCCGUCGCGCGCUUCCACGCCACCACCACCAAUUAUGAAAAUAACAAAGUUCUCCGAAACAACCGUCCUUGGACAUUCUCCCAAGAAUACGCUGAUCUGUUUAUAGAUCAUCAAUUCAACCCACACGAAGGAUCCUCAUUUUUGCGAUCGAGUGCAAAACUGUCAGCCAAUGUUUUAAAAACUUUCUCCAAGAAGUACAGCAAUACGAACAAUUUAGAAUCGAAGAUAUACAAAUUAUACUUAGAAGCAAGUCAUAUUCUACAAGAGCAUAAAAAUACGUUAAAUGUCUUGCUGCAUAAGGAUCUAUGGAUCGCAAACAUUUUGUUCCGAUACGAGAAUGGGGAGCCGGUGAAUGCGUUGCUCAUAGACUACCAGUGCCUGAGCUAUGGACCUCCCGCUAUCGACCUCAUGGUGUUGCUUUACUGCACUACGUUCAGAACUUUCAGGGAGCAGCAUGAAUUAAAAGUUUUGAAACAUUAUUACUCAGUUUUGGUAGAAAACUUAGAAGAAACCACGAAGCAAAAACUGGCCAAGUUGGGGUAUGACGAGAAGGAAUUCCUGCAGUGGUGUGAGAAGGCGAGAAUGUUUGCGCUGAUGCAGGCAGCAGCGUUUGCCCCGUUCUUCCUCACGGACGCGAUAACGGCGCAGCGGGUGUACAACGACCCGAAUACUUUCAAAGAAUUAUUUACAACAGAUCGGACCAAGCCAGUGGUCGAGUACUGCCAUCAACAACCCUCAUAUCUGAAACGCCUCUUGGAUAUUUCUGAAGAGUUUCUUGAGAGAUAUAUGGAUAAAUAAACAUUUAAUUGUUAUUUUC